GCGUCACGGGGGCGGGAGUCAGCUGAGCUGCCUGGGCGAGGUUGUGAUCACCUGGGAUCUGCUAAGGGGAGCCUAUAAUCUCUUGGGACUGGAGCUGGGGUGCAAAACUGCACCAUAUUCUAGUUGGGGCUCCUCGAAAGGUCUCGUCCUAUACAAAGAAAGCGAAAAGGGCUUCAGAAUUUUUAAAAGGUUCUCAGGAUCUGUCAGAAGCUGGAGAAGCACAGCUUGCAAAUCCAGGACGACCGGGGUCCCAGUUGUGACCCCCAGGCUCCAGACCAAAGAUCCAGAGUUUGAUUGCCAUGGCGUCCAUCCUGGAUGAGUAUGAGGACUCAUUGUCCCGCUCGGCCGUCUUGCAGACUGGCUGCCCUAGCGUGGGCAUCCCCCAUUCUGGAUAUGUAAAUGCCCACCUGGAGAAGGAGGUACCUAUCUUCACCAAGCAGCGGAUCGACUUCACCCCCUCCGAGCGCAUCACCAGCCUUGUGGUUUCAUGCAAUCAGCUCUGCAUGAGCCUGGGCAAGGAUACACUGCUCCGCAUUGACUUGGGCAAGGCAAGUGAACCUAACCGCGUGGAACUGGGGCGUAAGGAUGAUGCCAAAGUCCACAAGAUGUUCCUGGACCAUACUGGCUCUCAUCUACUGGUGGCUCUGAGUAGCACCGAGGUCCUUUACAUGAAUCGCAAUGGACAGAAGGCCCGGCCCCUGGCUCGCUGGAAGGGACAGCUGGUGGAGAGUGUGGGUUGGAACAAAGCCCUGGGCAACGAGAGCAGCACUGGCCCCAUCCUGGUGGGCACAGCUCAAGGACAGAUCUUUGAAGCAGAGCUCUCAGCUAGCGAAGGUGGCCUCUUUGGCCCUGCCCCAGAUCUCUACUUCCGUCCACUCUAUGUGUUAAAUGAGGAAGGGGGUCCAGCACCUGUGUGUUCCCUUGAGGCUGAGCGUGGCCCUGAUGGACGAGGCUUUGUCAUUGCCACCACUCGGCAGCGCCUCUUCCAGUUCAUAGGCCGAGCAGUGGAAGAUGCUGAAGCCCAGGGCUUCUCGGGGCUCUUUGCUGCCUAUACAGACCACCCACCCCCAUUCCGUGAGUUCCCUAGCAACUUGGGGUAUAGUGAGUUGGCUUUCUAUACCCCUAAGUUACGCUCUGCACCUCGCGCCUUCGCCUGGAUGAUGGGAGAUGGUGUGCUGUACGGCUCACUGGACUGCGGGCGUCCUGACUCCCUACUGAGUGAGGAACGAGUUUGGGAAUACCCAGAGGGGGUUGGUCCUGGGGCCAAUCCACCCUUAGCCAUCGUCCUGACCCAGUUCCAUUUCCUACUGCUGCUGGCAGACCGGGUGGAGGCUGUGUGCACGCUAACAGGGCAGGUAGUGCUACGGGAUCACUUCCUGGAGAAGUUUGGACCACUGAAGCACAUGGUGAAGGACUCGUCCACAGGUCACCUAUGGGCCUACACUGAGCGUGCAGUCUUCCGCUACCAUGUGCAACGUGAGGCUCGAGAUGUCUGGCGCACCUACCUGGACAUGAACCGAUUUGACCUGGCCAAAGAGUACUGUCGAGAGCGGCCUGAUUGCCUGGACACAGUCCUGGCCCGAGAGGCCGAUUUCUGCUUUCGCCAGCAUCGCUACCUGGAGAGCGCCCGCUGCUAUGCUCUGACCCAGAGCUAUUUUGAGGAGAUUGCCCUCAAGUUUUUGGAGGCCCGGCAAGAGGAGGCGCUGGCUGAGUUUCUGCAGCGGAAACUGGCCGGCCUGAAGCCCACUGAGCGUACCCAGGCCACACUACUGACCACUUGGCUGACAGAGCUCUACCUGAGCCGGCUGGGUGCUCUGCAGGGUGAUCCAGAUGCUCUGAAUCUCUACCGGGAUACACGGGAGUGCUUCCGUACCUUUCUCAGUAGCCCUCGGCACAAAGAGUGGCUCUUUGCCAGCCGGGCCUCUAUCCACGAACUGCUUGCCAGUCAUGGGGACACGGAGCAUAUGGUGUAUUUUGCAGUGAUCAUGCAGGACUAUGAACGGGUGGUCGCAUACCACUGCCAGCAUGAGGCCUAUGAGGAGGCCCUGGCUGUGCUUGCCCGCCACCGUGACCCCCAGCUCUUCUACAAAUUCUCACCCAUCCUCAUCCGACACAUCCCUCGCCAGCUAGUAGACGCCUGGAUUGAGAUGGGCAGCCGGCUGGAUGCUCGGCAGCUCAUUCCUGCCCUGGUGAACUACAGCCAGGGUGGGGAGGCUCAGCAGGUGAGCCAAGCCAUCCGCUAUAUGGAAUUCUGCGUGAAUGUGCUUGGGGAGACCGAGCAGGCCAUUCACAACUACCUGCUGUCGCUCUAUGCCCGUGGCCAGCCAGCCUCACUUCUGGCCUACCUGGAACAAGCUGGGGCCAGCCCACACCGUGUACAUUAUGAUCUCAAAUACGCACUUCGACUUUGUGCAGAGCACGGCCACCACCGCGCCUGUGUCCAUGUGUAUAAGGUGUUGGAGCUGUAUGAGGAGGCCGUGGACUUGGCCCUGCAGGUGGAUGUGGACCUGGCCAAACAGUGUGCAGACUUGCCAGAGGAAGACGAGGAACUUCGCAAGAAACUAUGGCUCAAGAUCGCCCGGCAUGUGGUGCAGGAGGAGGAAGACGUUCAGACAGCCAUGGCCUGCUUGGCCAGCUGCCCCUUGCUCAAGAUUGAGGAUGUGCUGCCCUUCUUUCCUGACUUUGUCACAAUUGACCACUUCAAGGAGGCCAUCUGCAGUUCACUUAAGGCCUACAACCACCAUAUCCAGGAGCUGCAGCGUGAGAUGGAAGAGGCCACAGCCAGCGCCCAGCGUAUCCGACGAGACUUGCAGGAGCUGCGGGGGCGCUAUGGCACUGUGGAGCCCCAGGACAAAUGCUCCACCUGUGACUUCCCUUUGCUCAACCGCCCCUUUUACCUGUUUCUCUGCGGCCACAUGUUUCACGCUGACUGUCUCCUACAGGCUGUGAGGCCUGGCCUUCCUGCCUACAAGCAGGCGAGGCUGGAGGAACUGCAGCGCAAGCUUGGGGCCGCGCCUCCUCCGACCAAAGGCUCUGUGAAGGCCAAGGAGGCUGAAGCUGGAGCUGCAGCUGUGGGGCCCAGUCGGGAGCAGCUCAAGGCUGACCUAGAUGAACUGGUGGCCGCUGAGUGUGUUUACUGUGGGGAGCUGAUGAUUCGCUCUAUUGACCGGCCCUUCAUUGACCCCCAGCACUAUGAGGAGGAACACCUCAGCUGGCUAUAGGAAGUGUCCCCGGGUGGGUGGACGGACAUAGAUACAGCUACCAGACCCUCCUGAGAAGGCCAGGCCCUGGUUGGCGUUCAGUCCUUGAGAUUGCUGGGUCUGUGAUGGUGAGGGUGUCGCAGCCAGACCUCAGCCCUGAGGUUUCAGGUGUGAGCAUGUUCUGUGUUCUGUGAGCUGUGCUUCAGACAGACCUGUCCUAGAGCUGCUCGUCCCAGGCAGCCCAAGCUGUCUCAGCCAUGUCAGCCAUGAUCCUUUUAACCCACUACAUCUAACAGUUUCUCUGUUCUUGUCAGCAUGCUCACCUGGACUGAGUAGCCCGCUGACCUUCCUUCCUCCGUCCCUCCAUAGCCUCUGGACCUCCAGCUCGCCUUCUUCUGCCUCAACUAGGCAACCCAGGCGCGAGCAGGCAGCCCUCCAGAUCCUAGGCACUUGUGCGGAGGGUAGUACUAACAGUAGGCAUGUGGAGAUGCUAAUGUGACCCUGGGCUGAGGGCACACCUAGGGCAGGGGAAAUAGCAACAAGCAGAGAACAUUAAAUUGCGCUACAACGGUGGCUCUGGACUUGAUGUCUUUGUGUUGAUGCUGAAGCUAGCAAACAGGAUAUGAUCCCAAGAAGGCUGUCUGCACUGGGUAUGGUGGCACUGAACAGGUUAUGGCCAGUUUAGUCUAAAUAGUAAGUUCUAGGCCAGCCAAGGCUAUAUAGUAUGACCCUGUCUCAAAAAAAAAAAAAAAAAAAAAAAAAGCCCUCCAGGGUCCUGGGUCCUGCAAGCCUUUAAACCUUGGCACAAGGUCCUUAACUAAGGGCUAGACAGGACAAUCAUGUAUCACUUGUUUCCUUCUUUCCUCUGACUAUAAUGCUUAGAGAGCUACAGUCCCUCUUCCUAAAUCCUGGAGCUAUUCUCCCCUCUGGCUGGCAGGUGGCGCUGCUGCUCACAGAAUUCAUCCAAUUUUGGCACCUUGGGGCACAAGUUCUCACACUAGUCCAACUAAUGCUUUCUCAGCCAUUCUGUUUCUAGUUGUUGCAAGAAUUUCUAGAAGUCCCCAUUGCCUGUUCAGGAUUCUAAGCCCAUAACUCUUUCUCCGAGUGUUUUUUAUUAGCAUAUGUUAUAUAUAACAUAUGGGUGGGUUCCUUGGGUCAUGCUCACCUCCUUUCCCUGUCUUCCCCCUCCUCCUCCUCCCUCCUCUUCCUCACUUCCACUGUCACGUCUGUAUUGUGUGCAGGCGAGCAUAUGUGCACAUCCAUGUGGAUGUAGUUUGAUGCCCGCCUCACUGGGUUUCUUUAGGGUUGGUUACAGGAGAACAGGCACAGACCAGUGUUUGCUGGUCACUAAGGAAAUGAGAAAAUGACUCUUCCUCCCCAUCAACCCCUUAACUGAGCAUAAGUCCUUCCAUGGCAGGGUAAACAGACUGAGCCAGUCGUGUGCAGAACCUAUAUAGGUAACCACAGCUGCCCUGAGUUCCGGUGCCCAGACCAUAGGGUGCCAACCACCACCUUUCGUUCUGCUUUUUCUGCCUCUUCUGUAGUCUUCCCUGAACCUUGAGGAGGUGUAGUCUGAUCCUCAUUUUUAGCAGUAAGUCCCUCACUCUCUCCAAUGGCUCUCACACAUUCUGUAUUUUGCUUGCCCUUCUGACAGACUGGAUCCCUGCCAGCCUGGGCCUGGCUUUGCUAUAGGCACUGUCAAGCUCUGUGGCAUUUGAUCUGUUCUCUCCUUAUCUUGCUCCUGUGACUUUGCCUUUCCUCACCCCGAGACAAUACUUUCUUAGUUUUAGUUGGGGCCAGCAGCUACAUCCUGGGACAUCCUGGGACAUCCUGGAGUCAGGCCUUCCAGGGACAGCUUUUGCCCUCUGCACAGGUGUUUAUAGUGACAGGUGACUUGAUAUGAAUUUAUCAGCUGGCCCAGAAUGCACCAACAUAAGUGAGUGUCCCUGUCCCUAAGCAGGAGGCCAGCCUAUCUAGCUUAUAAAUGUUCCUUUUCUCCUCCAGUGUCA